GAAGAAAAGUGGAUAUCUUGCUAUUGGGUUUGGGAGUGGGAUGGUGAAUAGCUUCACCUAUGUUGCUUGGGUGGGCAAUGAUGGGGUUGGGCGAGUAAAAACUUAUUGGAUUGAUGGAAAGAGUGCAACAGGCAUUCACCCAACAUCUGAGAACAUCACUUUUGUUCGGUGUAAGUCAGAAAAUGGCAUUAUUACAUUUGAAUUUACUCGCCCUCUUAACCCUUCUUGUACCGGAAAAGUAGAAUGCAAGAACAUCAUCGAUCCAACUACACCACUUAAGGUUGUCUGGGCCAUGGGUGCAAGCUGGUCGGGAGAUGAUCUGACAGACAGUAACAUGCAUUCAGUCACAAGCAGUCGGCCUAUACGUGUUUUGUUGUUGAGAGGUUCAGCUGAGGCAGAACAGGAUUUGCGUCCUGUCCUGGCUGUUCAUGGGUUUAUGAUGUUUGUUGCCUGGGGAAUCUUGCUUCCUGGUGGAAUAAUGGCUGCCCGGUAUUUGAAGAGCUUAAAAGGAGAUGGGUGGUUCCAAAUACAUGUCUAUCUGCAGUAUUCAGGAAUUGCUAUAAUGUUUCUUGGCGUCCUUUUCGCUGCGGCUGAGCUCCGUGGCUUCUUUGUCAGCUCAGUGCAUGUUAAGUUUGGUGUGCUGGCCCUGUUAUUGGCAGUUCUGCAGCCACUAAAUGCCAAAUUUCGUCCCAGUAAGCCAGCUAAUGGUGAGGUUCCAUCUCACAAUCGAAUCAUGUGGGAGUACCUGCAUGUUAUCACAGGGAGGUCGGCAGUUAUUGUAGGAAUCGUGGCGCUUUUCACAGGAAUGAAGCAUUUAGGCCAUAGGUAUGACAGUGAGAAUGUAGAGGAGCUCACUUGGGCCUUAAUGCUGUGGGUGCUUUCAGUUAUCGUUGUUGUGCUGUGCUUGGAAUAUAAGGAAGUCAAAAGAAGGAUCGGUGACAGAAGUGCCAGAGGGCACUGGGUAUUAGGCAACACCGAGGAGGAGGAUUCAGUUGAUCUUUUGCAUCCUGAUGGUGCAGCCAGGAAUUCAGAAUCUAGCGCUACUGGUGUAAUGGAGGUGCAGCUUGAACCUCUCACUAGAUGAUGUAGAUCAAUCUGUCAGAUACAAAUACACCUGAAUACCUGAUCCAUAUCUUAUAUGGAUGAUAGGUCAGCCGGCAUGGAUUUUCUGGUUCAGAGGAAAUUGAUCUGGAAUCCCCAUGUUUGUUUUAAGCAGAAUGGUUCCAGACUAGACAAGAUGUUCAGAUUCUGUUCUUAAUUUCAUGCAUCACACCUUUACAUUGUACAGUGUACAUUUUUUUACAAUAGACAUGUAUAAUUUGUGAC